AUGAGGGAAGCAGAUGGGCUUCAAACUGCUGCUGCUGCAGCUGUAGACAGCUGCGGGGCCCGCAGUUCGCCAGACACCGGCGACACCAACAAACAAAACAGCAACUGCUGCUACGAUGAAAGCAGCAGCAGCAGCAGCAACAGCAGCAGCAGCAGCAGCAACAGCAGCAGCACGAGCAGCAGCAGCAGGGGUAGGAAGGAGGCUCAGCUUAUCGAAUGCAUGAGCCCAGUAGAAGCACAAAUCGCUUCCGUGGGUACUGUCAGCAGCAGCAGCAGCAGCAGCAGCAGCAGCAGCAGCAGCAGCAGCAGCGAGAACAGCCACUGCAGUAAGGACGGCAGCAGCAGCAGCAGCAGCAGCAGCAGCAGCGGCAGCUAUAGCAGCAGCUGUAAUGACGACGGCAUAGAUGAUAGCAGCAACAACCGCAGCAGCAGCUGCAGCAUCAGCAGCAUGCAACAGGACGGAGGGGGUGCGGCUGCGGCUUGGCUUGAGACCCCAGCAGCAACAGCAGCAGCAGCAGAUGUUGCUGCUGCAGCGCAUACCGCACGUGCGUUGAAUUCUUCUGAUGCAGCUUGCAGCAGCAGCAGCGCCCCCGAUAGCAGCAGCAGCAGCAGCAGUGGCCUGUCGAGAGAGGAUGCAGUCGUUUCUGCUGCAUCUGCUGCACAUGAUUAUGCACUGGAGGAGCCCAGCAGCAGCAGCAGCAACUGCAACAGCAGCAGCAGCAGCAAUGGCAGCAGCAGCAGUAAUGGCAGCAGCAGCAGCAGUGAGGGAGACAACUCCAGCAGCUCUGGUGGAGCCCGUAGAGGCACAACUGCUGCAGAACAAGAAGCCGCACGCGCUCUUGUAGCAGCAGCAGCAGCAGCAGUAACUGCAACAGCUGCUGCUGCUGCUGUUGCUGCUGCUGCUGCUGCUGCUGACACGGCAGACCGCAGCAACAGCAUCGGAAAUAGUGACAGCAGCAGCAGCAGCAGCACAAGCAGCAGCAGCAGCACAAGCAGCAGCAGCAGCAGCAGCAGCAGCAGCAGCAGCAGCAUCAGCAUGAGGCCUCGCAUGACAGCGUACAGUUUUAUACCCGGCAAGGGAAACAGAUCUAGCAGCAGCAGCAGCAGCAGCAGCAGCAACAGCAGCAGUGCCCCCACAAGUGGAACCGUGGGGAACAGCAGCAGCAGCAGCAGCGGUAGUAGCAGCAGCAGCAGCAGCAGCGAGAAUGCUGCUGCAGCUCCGUCUGGGUGUCGCAUAAUAAAAUGCGAUAAUUGCGGCCACGCCGUCGCCUUUAACCCCAGCAGCAGCAGCAGCAGCAACAGCAGCAGCAGCAGCAGCAGCAGCAGCAGAGGUGCAACUCGAAAAGAAGGGGCUUCUCCUUUUGAGUGCUGCAUCUGCAUGGAUGAAAUUCACGACCCUGUUGUCACGCGCUGCGGCCACCUUUUUUGCUGGGGUUGUCUGCAUCUCUGGCUGCAGCAAUCAGGAGACUGCCCUAUCUGCAAGGCAGCUGUCUCCGCAGACACCGUAACUCCUAUCUAUGGGCGCAGCAGCAGCCCCAAGUCGCAUGCACACACUCGCCACUUGUUUUGUUGUUAUGAAUUAUGUUGUCUUCUCCAUCUAACACCGAGCAGCAGCAAACAGCAGCUGCAGCAGCAAGAGCAGCAGCUGCAGCAGCAGCAGCAGCAGCAGCAAGAGCAACAGCUGCAGCAGCAGCAGCAGCAGCUCCUGCAGCAACGAACUAUUCUGAAGGCGGCAGAGGCUGCAGCGACAGUAACCGCAGCAGCAACAACAGCCGCCACAUCAACAGCAGCUGUAAUAGCAGCAGCUGCAGCAGCAGCUGCUGUUGCAGCAGCAGCCGCUUUUUUAGCAGCUGCCGAUGCAGUAGCAUCAGCUGCUGCAGCUGCACUCAUAGCAGCAGCAGCAGCAGCUGUUGCUGCUGCAAUAGCAUCAACGGCUGCAUCUGCAGCAUUUGCAGCAGCAGCAGCAAUAGGUUCAGCAGAAGCAGCAGCAAUAGGUUCCGCAGCUGCUGCUGCUGCUGCUGCUGCAACGGCAGCAGUAGCAGUAUCAUCCAGGAAGGAGCGAGCAGCAGCAGCAGAGCAGCAAGCAGCAGCAGCAGCAGCAGCAGCACGCUGGCCUCGUCCAGGGCCUCUACACUUUAAAGUUAAUGCUCAAGAUAGAAGAGCAAGAGCAGGGGUCUUAACUCUUCCUCACGGCUCUGUUAAUACCCCUUUGUUUAUGCCGGUCGGUACAAACGGAGCUUUAAAGGGAUUGCAUGCACCUCUGCUGCAGCGACUAGAGGAGGAGCGCUUAUCUGGAUUCUGGGGUGUAGCGUCAGCUUUUGCUUCUCCUGCUGCUGCUGCUGCUGCUGGUACUCCUGCUGCAGCAGCAGCUGCAGCAGAAACAGAAGCAGAAGCAGCAGAUGCUUCCGUACGUGUAGAUUCAAUGUGGGGCCCCGACAACCCCGAAGAGACAGCCGAUAGAGAAGCAAAUGCAGCUUCCCAAGAACACUGCAGCAGCAGCAGCAGCAGCAACAGCAGCAACAGCAGCAGCAGCAGCAGGAAGAGCAGAGAUUUUUCUUUGCUGCGGCGUUAUAAGCCUCCGCGUUGGUUUAGUAAUUUGAUAUUAGGAAAUACUUUUCAUUUGUACAGACAAGUCGGGUGUAUGCGCAUGCAAACAGCAGCAAAAGGAUUACAUCGCUUCAUGGGCUGGGGUGCAAAUCUGCUGACAGACAGCGGCGGCUUUCAGAUUGUCUCCCUCAGCCGUCUUGUAGAUAUCUUUGAGGAAGGGGUUUGCUUCAGAAUAAGGCAGCAGGGACUCAAGAUUAAAAGCAAAAAACAAACACACAAACGCAACCGCGUGCAGCAGCAGCAGCAGCAGCAGCAGCAGCAACAGCAGCAGCAGCAGCAGCAGCAGCAGCAGGAAGGCGUCUCUGAAGAGAAUGCAGUGGAGACAGAGGGCGAUGAAAUUAUUUUGCUGACCCCUGAGGAAUCUAUUUAUAUGCAGAACGAAAUAGGGAGUGAUAUAAUAAUGCAGUUAGACGACGUCAUUGCUACUACUACGCCAGACCCUCAACGCGUAGAAGAGGCGAUGCUUCGCUCUAUUAGGUAA